CACAGCACACUGCAAGAGCAGAAUGUGACACGCAAAGAGCCAGGACACAGAUGGAGAUCAAGUGGAUUAGUCUGACAUACAUCUGUGAAUUCAGCAAGGACAGCACAGUCAGCAGGCCCACAGAGGACACGCACAGACCCCGCAGAGGAGCUUUUUUCUUUUAAUCACUGACCAAAAAGGAAACAAGGUGCUUGACUCUGAUGAAGGCAUGCUGAUAUUGGUUUGAGUCCUGCCUUAUUUAUUCAGGAGCCUGCUGGUGUUACCCUGAGGGAAGGGCUUGGACUGACAACACUGAAGAUGUGAAUGUUUUGGGUAAAAUUCUGACCGCUUCUUGUCCCACACCUGCACCAUCAUAAAUCAUAAUGGAAAGCAUCAGUGUGGAAACAGGCUGGGAUGGGUUAGGCCUCUCCUCUCUGGUCGCCACAGGAAGAAACAACUUCUCUUCCACGUCGUUGUUUGUAUCUGAACUGAACUCAUUCAACACAUCUCAGAGUGGAGGCUCUUUCUUUGGGAUCUUCCCUAAGAAUGUCUCCACCACCACCACACCUCAGACGCUGCCCCAGCGUGCUGUCAGAGACCCGGGUCUGGCCCGGGCUGAGAUUGCAGUGCUCGGUGUGGUGCUGGCUCUGACCACCCUGGGGAACGGUUUUGUGCUGUGGGUGCUGCUCAGGAGGAAGCACAACGCGCCGAUGCACAUGUUCAUGCUCAACCUGUGUGUGGCUGACCUGGUGGUGGCCCUCUUUCAGAUUCUUCCCCAGCUAAUAUGGGACAUCACAGGAAAAUUUCAGGGACCAGACUUACUUUGCCGGUCCAUCAAGUACUUGCAGAUUGUGGGCAUGUUUGCUUCCUCCUACAUGAUUGUUGCCAUGACAGUAGACCGGCAUCGCGCCAUCUGCUGCCCAUUGCAGGCCUACCGUGGGGGAGCAGUGUCCCGCUGGAACACCCCUGUCAUUGUAGCCUGGUGCCUGGCACUAGUCCUCAGCAUACCACAGGUGUUCAUCUUCUCUCGGUCAGAAAUUGCUCCUGGAGAGUUUGAGUGCUGGGGUCACUUUGCUGAGUCAUGGGGGCUGAAGGCCUACGUCACCUGGAUGACAGUGGCUGUCUUCCUCCUGCCGACCUUCAUCAUUACCAUCUGUCAGAUAAGAAUUUUCCGAGAGAUUCACAAUAACAUCUAUCUGAAAUCAGAGAGGAUGGUGAUGACUGACUUGAAGAAGAACAAAAUCCUCUUCUGCUUCCCCAGCUUUAAAAAGACGAAUGACCGAGCCAGGGAAAGGGGGAGACGGGUGAACAGAGGAGGGAACAGGGACGAGAGAGGAGGACAUUUCUUCAAGAAUGUGAAUAACACACACAACAGCCAAGUCGGAGAGUCUUACAACUGCACACCAACCACUAUUCAGUAUAAAAGUUGCUGUGGUGGACAUGUGACAAUAUCUACAAUGCGACAGCAAACAUUAAACAGCUCUGAUUGCCAGGAGAGCUACACGUCCUGCGAGCUGGCCUCGGGCUCCCCCCAUUGCUCCCUUGAUAUUGACUGCCCUCCAUCCUCAGCCAGUCCACCUCCAAGCAUCACUAAAGCCAUGUCCAAAACUGUGAGAAUGACUCUGGUCAUUGUGCUGGUCUACACUAUCUGCUGGUCACCAUACUUCAUUGUCCAACUGUGGGCAGCCUGGGAUCCCAGCCCUCCCGAACAAGGUGUGGCCUUCACUAUUCUGAUGCUGCUGGCCAGUCUGAACUCAUGCACCAACCCGUGGAUUUAUACAGCCUUCUCUAGCAGCAUGUCCAAAGAGCUGCAGAAUCUGCUGCACUGUCGGCCACGACUCCACCGCCAGGGCUCCCUGCCCGAUGACUCCACCACCACACACACCUUCACCACCAAGGACAGCCUGUACUGACAGAGACUGAUGAGACAGAAGCAGACGCAGAGGGAAAUGUCUGAAAAGCUAUGCAUGAGUGCUCACACACAUGUAGCAAGGACGUACUGUUGCACACAAGUCUGUCACUGCUACGACCUCCAGACAGUGAGCGCUGGCCUCCACCAGAUGUUUCCAGCAACAAAGAACAGCAGCCCUGUUAGCAGGGCAUCUUCAGUAUCUGUAAUCACCUGUCUUCUCUACCCCGGCCCUGAGAAAGGGUGUCAUUGAACUUGUCAAGUUUUAUAAGGGCACUGUGGAAUAUACAGCAGCACUCAGUGAAAGCACCUGCAAUGUAAAAUGGGCUUGAAAGUAAAGAGAUUUUCACCUCAGAAGCUGCUGAGUGGGACCCUGUGCACUGAAUCAUACAAGAGAAACACUUGC